AUGUUUGUGCCCCCAUCCGCGAGACCCGUCCGCACCCUGUACCCGCACCCAGACCGCCGUUCUGCCCCAGAUCCCGCCCCCCCCCCCCCCCCCACCGACAACUGCCACCCCACCCCCAUCUCCGGCUCCGUUUCCAGUGGGAGGGGAGGAGGUGUGCUGUUGGUCCGAAGGGGACGGCUGGGGGAGGGGAGUUGCCGGGUUGGCAGCUCGUAUAAGGGGGAGGUUGAGGGGGUGGGUGAUCCAUCUCCAGCUACUGCCGCCACACGUCCCCCACUCUCUCUGCUGCUCUUGCUGCUGCUGUGGGGGGGGGAGGUUCAAGGGGUGUGGGUGGUGAAAUUCCAGCUGCAACAUCAGCAACUGCCGUCUCCUCCUCCUCUCAUCUCCUACCGUGCACCUCCCGUGAUCCACUGUCCGUACCCAAUUGUGCCCCACCCGUUUCACCUGUGCGUCCCGUGCUCCUGUGCUGCCCCCGUGCUCCCGUGCUGCCACGUGUUCCCGUGCUGCCCCCGUGUUCCCAUGCUGCCCCCGUGCUGCCCCCGUGUUCCCAUGCUGCCCCGUGCUGCCCCAAUGCUGCCCCCAUGCUCCCGUGCUGCCCCCGUGUUCCCAUGCUCCCCGUGCUCCCGUGCUGCCCCGCUCUCCCCGUGCUGCCCCGUUCUGCCUGUGUCGUGCCCGUUUCCGUGCCAUGUUGCCCCGUUCAGGCGUUGUCCUGCCCCGUUCUGCCUGUGCUGCCCCUCUGUCCACGUGUUGCCCCGUUCAGCCCGUGUCCUGCCCCGUUCAGCCUGUGUCCUGCCCCAUUCUGCCCGUGUUGCCCCGUUCAGCCCGUUUCCUGCCCCGUUCUGCCCGUGUUGCCCCGUUCUGCCCGUGCUUCCCCGUUCUCCCCGUUUGUGCCCUACCCGUGCUGUCCAUACCCGUUCGUGCCCCACCCGUGCUGUCAGUUCUCGCUCGUGCCCCACCCGGUCUGUGCUGCCCGGUCUCGUGCUGCUCGUCACCUCCGUGCGGCCCGUCCCGUACAGCACCUAG